AAACUGUCAACUGCUGUUUUCAUAAAUUUGUCAAACGGAAUAAAAGAAAAAUCAUAAAAAUAUGAAUUUGAAUAUUCAAAUUAAAUGUAACGGUCUCGACACGGUUGGCAUAGACAUUCGAAAUUUAUCGUCAUCAUGUCCAUUGAAUUACCCAAACUACGUGUCAGGAAAACCGAGCUCUACGCAUGUGAAUUCGAGAUUAGCGCCAGAGUGCCGCGUGAGCUCUUCAACCAAUUUCUGGAAAAGGAAAUCAAUCAGCUCGGUAUCCGAGGUUGGGCUCAAGAGGUCGAGGAUGGAUGUAUCAAAGGUCGACUUGAGGGAGAGAUCACCAAAAUGGAUAAACUCAAAGUUAUUUUGAGAAAUUCACCGCAAUUUGGUUCAAAAAUUAUCGGUACUGUUUUCGGCGAAUUGAAAAAGAUCAACAAAUAUUCGGCUAUAAAAUUUGAAGUCAUUUGCUAACCGUUUAGCGUGAAGAUAUACAUAGAAAAAAAGCAAGACAACAACAAAUAUUGGCACCCGUUCCUGGAAAUCUUAAAUGUUUAACACACAAAUUGUUUUUGUAUGUAUGAAUUACAAAAAAUAUAAAAGCUGCAACCACGCAUUGUUGAUCUCGAAACAGAGCACGAAGUAAAGCUAGGUGUUCAUGUGAUAAAAGAAAAUCAUAUAAAC